GGCAUCCGGACUAACUUUGCUAGUGGAAAAUAGUGGAAAAAGCCACUCACUUACGCAGCCAAUCAGUGCGACGGCUGUAACUAUCUCUAGAAUCGUGUAGUUGAAAUACUUUCGACUUUGCCCUGACCGUUCCAAAGUACAGAUACUUGGCUACCUAGCUACAAUCGCUUGCUUUAGUUUCGUAUAUAUAUUUUUCAAAACUGCACCCUUGCUUAUCAGUUUGAUUCCGUUUUUUUCACGUUCAUUUCCUAUCAUAGAAGCAAGUUCCAGGCAGGUGCCUCUUUUAUUUCAUUUCUAUUUUCUAUCUACGAGCAUGACGACUUUUGAUUUAUUGACCAGGUCCACUUUUUCCCCUAUCUAUUUGUCUUUAUCAGAGAUUCACUUUUUAUACGGCCAUUAGCCCAAGCGAUUUUCUUCAUUUCGCUUUGCUUUAUUAUUUCGCGAAUGUUAGGACACCCAUAUAGACAACGCAGGUGGUCCUGAUAAGAGAAUCGUGUAGAGUAAGACAAUGGAGGUUUUUGUUAACUGCAGAAAAACUAGGAAGUUCUCUUACGUUUAACUAAUGUUUCAUAUGCAUAGUUAGCCAUGAUAGUAUAAAGACCUCAGCUGUCAGUCGAGGAAUAAUACAAAUAUUUAUAUACAAGAGUUAACUGGAAUCGUUCUCCGGAAAAUAAAUUCGUCAGAUUCUUUAAAACUUUAAAUAUGCCAUUUAAAAGCUGGAUUUGGCUGCCUGUCGUUAAGGCCGAGAAUGACGAAGAGGAGUUAGUCGAUCCGCAAGCAGCCCUUAGGGAGAAAUGCCUAGCUAAGGGUCAUAUUGAUUCCCUUUACAAAAAGUAUCAAGAGUGCAAUGAUCGUGUAAACGGGAAGUCCAAAACAACCGAGACUUGCAUGGAGGAAUUAUUCGACUUCGUUGCUGAAUUGGACCAUUGCGUUGCUCACAGUCUUUUCAAAAAACUAAAAUAACUAAAUAGUCACGGAUCAAAACCUUCGCUGCACAAAAAUUAAAUUAGCAAUUGAAUAAACGACCCUAUGAAAUUUAAGAAAAUGUAACUUCUUAGAACAAAAAUAUAAUUAUUUCCAGCUAAAACUCGUUCAGGAAAAGCCCCAGCUGAGGGUCUCUUUAUCUGAUUUUUCACUAUCUAAAUGGAGCGCCAAAAAGGUGGCCUUUUUAGUCGGCUGAUAAGGUUUAUGGGUAUCGGUUAUGUUAACGUCAAAAGCUAAAACCGCUUGCAUCAUAAAUUUAGUGUGUAACUUGCUAUAAACUUCUUAAAUAAUAAAUUGCUGUACAUUGGUUUUAGUCAAAUCCUGCUGAUGGAUCAUAAAUAACAAUGGUGAUAUGGUACAUUUAUAAUAGGGACUAGCAAAUCUUUAUCCGAUUCUAUGGCUAAACCAGCUUCUCAUCGCAUAUCUCAACUCCUUCCUCUACAGGCAAAGCCCAUUAACCAGAAAAUGUUGGUCGAUGAGUCCAAGUACGCGCCGGAUGACAUUGAGGUUUAACUUUUGCAAAUGUGUUUUUAAUUAUUUUAUAAUACUAUCUGUUAUGGAACGUACACACAUUACACAAACACACACACACAAACACAUUGGGGCACCCCCAUACCACACACACAUACACACUACACACGCACAAUAAAUGUUCCAAGGACUGGUGUUCGUACCCAGAGUUGAA